AUGGCCACAGGCAAGAAAAGCCCUCAUCCGAGUGAAUACCACAAAGUCGCCAUGUAUCGUACUGGUAUUAUCGGCACUGCCCAGGAGCACUGGUUAUUUUUGGCUGCCUUAUUGUUCCCGUUAUUCAUUUGUCACUCUCUCUGCCUCGCUCUGAUUUCGCCCUUGAGGUCCAUCCCGGGCCCUUUUGCUGCCCGCUUCACUAAUCUCUGGUAUUUCGCGAGGUUGUAUCGUGGCAAAUUCGAGACUGAUGCACUUGGGUUGCAUGAAAUACAUGGUAGCCCUCAUCCCCUCGCCUCUGCUCUGAAAGCAAUUUACGGUCAGGUCGCAGCCCCUCUCUUUCCCAAGUCCCCGUCGUACAGACCAGCAGCGCCGCCGGAUCCCUCGAAAUGGACGCUCUUUGCCGACGAAGACAUUCAGCGUCACGCCGCUCACCGUCGCCUUUUCCAGAGCGCGUACUCCAUGUCCUCCCUCGUCACCUACGAAGCCUACGUCGACGAGUGCGCCGACCUCUUCACCCUGCGACUCACCGAGCUCGGAGAGGCUGCUGGACCCGGCGACGAGGAGCAUCUGUCCCCUCCUGACAUGGGCCACUGGUUUCAGUGCUUUGCAUUUGACAUGAUCGGCCUCAUCACCUACAGCCGUCGAUUCGGUUUUCUCGACCGCGGGGAGGAUGUCGGCGGCAUGAUCCGCACAAUCGACAAGGAGAUGGUCUAUUUCACACUGACGGGCGUCUAUCAUUCUCUCCACAAGCUUCUCUUCCCUGUCCGCAACCGCAUAGCAGGCAGUAAAGGAACCGGGCGCACGUACCUCAUGAACUUCACCAACGAGUGCAUAGCCGAGCACCAAAGCCGGCCAGCAGCCGCCUCGACCGAACAGGCCGAGGCGGCGAGGGCCCCGAUGGACUUCUUGUCCAAGUUCUCCCAGAAGCACGCCAGAGACCCGGCGCGCUUCACCAUGUACCACGUCCUCGCCGGGUGCGCCUCCAACAUUGUCGCGGGCUCUGACACGACGGCGACGAGUCUGUCGGGGAUUCUCUACCAUCUGCUGAAGGCCCCGGACGCGUUCGCUCGGUUGAGGGCCGAGGCUGACCAGGUGUCAGGUCAGGCGAGGCAUAUUUCAUGGGCCCAGACGCAGAAGAUGACCUAUCUUCAAGCCGUCAUCAAGGAGGCGCUGCGGCUUCACACGGCUGUCGCGCUUCCGAUGGACCGAGUCGUACCGACAGGCGGCGUGGAGAUUGAUGGCAAUUUCUUUCCCGAGGGUGUACGUCAGAGAUUCCUGUCAUCGAGCCCGCUCCGAGGUACUGACAGCAACAAGACACUGGUGGGGAUCAAUCCCUGGGUCUAUCACCGCAACACGGCCAUCUUCGGCCCAGACGCCCACGCUUUCAACCCGGACCGUUGGCUCACGACUGACGCCAGUCGUCUAAACAUCAUGAACAAGAACCUCAUAUCCUUUGGCGCCGGCGCCAGGACAUGCAUAGGCCGUCACAUCGCCCACCUCCAAAUGGCCAAGCUCAUCCCCCGCAUCGUACGCGACUUUGAUUUUAGCGAUAUCAACAGUCCGAGCAAGGAGUGGUCCACGAAAAACUAUUUUUUUCUGAAGCCAAGCAACUUCAGGACGCUUCGACCCAAGUCGGGGGAGCCCAACACCCCUAGCGCUCAUGAAGAAGGCAACACAACGCCGUACGACAUCCUACGCAAACAGGAGCCGCCCAUCCAGUGA